GUCCAGUCCAAGACGACCGCCGCGGACGCCGCUGAUCACUGAUUGGCUGGUGGCGGUCGUGACGUCAGCCACGCUCGGGGCUGAAGUCCCGUCGCCCGCAGGUUGGUGGCAGCCAGGAAGUGAUCGAGAAAAAUCAGUGCUCGACAACUGGCUGUGAGGUGGGCGGUUUGUGUGCUGUUCGUUUUAGUCGGUGUUUUCCAAGUGCUCGAAGUGGGUAUUUAAAAUGUGGCCCGAUUUGAUUGCCUACCGACCAGACGUCUUCUUUGACGACUCGGACGACGUGGAGGCGAUUCUGGCCGAGUUUCGGGAGAACGGCCGCGACACCGAGUACCGUCCCGAGGCGGAGCUGUUGAGCGCGCGCCUCCUCACCCGGCCGCUGCUCGAGGCCAGGCGCAAGAGCAAGAAGAGUCUGCCCGACCUCUGCGUGUUCUGCAAGAACAACGGCGAGACGGCGCAGUUCUACUCCAACCACAUCCUCAAGGACCAGCGGGGCAUCGUGCGGUGUCCCGUGCUGCGCGCCUACACGUGCCCCACGUGCGGCGCGCGCGGCGACAACGCGCACACCAUCAAGUACUGCCCGCAGAGGCCCGUCUGCAAGCCGGUGCUGCCGCGCAUGAUCCGCAAGACGGUCCACUACUGACUGCCGACGCCGGCGCCCCGGGCGGUGUCGAGUGGAACUGGGUGUUCGCCUGUGCGAGCGACGCACCAUUACUGUUGUCACCGUGGGAUGUCUAUUGGGGCCGUAUCAUCGACGGAAUGAGAAGGGACAGUGAGCGAUAUCCACGUGUCUUUCCAUGUUUUAUGUUAAUUCUUAAAUAAUGUAAGAUAAAAAUACCAUAGCACCACGGGUGGUAAUGGUGCAUUUGUCUAACAUUGUUCAUGAAUUAAUCCGUCAAAGAUUACAUGUUUUAUGUUUAGUGCUUGUGUGUGCGUGUGAUAUCAUAUGUGAUGCACCAAGUGAGUGCGCGCGUCUUAAGAGGAUCGUUUUUGUUUUAUUGUAUGCAUUGGGAUGUCGUAUUGGGAAGGUAACCGUUUUACAGAAAUAUCUACAGCGGCCAAGUGCGAAUCAUACAUUGGCGACUUGUUUUGUUUUAUUGUCAUGCCUCAUAUUUAUAUGUGAUUCGCUCAUCUGUUAGCGGUACGAAAUUCGUCCAAUAAAUUAUUUUGAAAGAAA